AUGGUCUGUGGGGCUCAGAGUGCGAAGCACGUGUGUGAUCCCUCUGCAUCACUGUGCGAAAGAGCUCCAGCAGCAGCUGGUGGCUCCUGGGCUCCAGCCUCGCCGGCUCCCAGGUUUUGGCACUUCCUCGGCUUUCCAGCCGUCGGGCCGGGGGUUUGUUCCACGCACGGCGUCUUCUGCAUCUUCCCGUCCAGGGAACGUGUUCACCGCACAGGUCUCCCAGCAGGACAUAACCCCAUGUCCGAACUACCCUUCGUCCGAGCGACUUCUCCUCCCCCGAUCCGGACCCCUGUUGACAGUCUCGGGCAAGAAGCCCGCUGCCCCGCGGUGGGCGGCAGCUACCCGCAGAAAAACGCCGAGAUCCUCAGCAGCCAGUACGGCAUCAACCUCUUCCUGGCCGGGCUGCUGCUCACCUUCGCCUGGGCUGUGCAUGCCGUGGGCAUCAGCAAGAGCCACCUGCUCUCCUACCUCAUCACGCUGAUGCUCAUCCAGCUGCUGUGGAUGCUGUGGUACCUGUGCAGGAGCUGCACGCAGAGGAGGCUGAUCCGGGACAAGGACACACACGCCGGAGCCCGCUGGCUGAAGUGUGGGAUUACAUUAUUUGCAGUGAUUACUUUAAUUCUGGACUCCUUUAAAAUUGGAUAUUAUAUUGAUUUUUCAAACUGUCUAUCACCAACUGAAGGCAUUUUUCCUGUUACACAUGCUGUCCACACCAUCUUACAGGUGUACUUUCUGUGGUGUCAUGCAAAGGAUGUUAUCCAGUCUUUCAAAACACUUGAAAGGUUUGGUGUUAUCCAUUCUGUUUUCACAAAUUUGCUCCUGUGGACAAAUGGUGUGUUAGCGGAGUCAAAACAUCAAUUGAAUGAACAUAAGGAAAGACUAAUCACCCUUGGUUUUGGGAACAUAACUAUAGUUCUAGAUGAUCAUGCACCUCAAUGCAAUUGCACGACAACAACACUCUGCUCGAUAUUUUCUCAAGGAAUAUAUUACCUAUAUCCCUUUAAUAUAGAGUACCACAUCCUAGCAUCCACCAUGCUCUAUGUCCUGUGGAAGAACAUUGGCCGUAAAGUUGAGCACCACCAGCAAAACAAAACUCCAUUCAAAUUCCAUGGCAUAACUGUUGGAAUGAUUUUUGGACUAAUGGUGUUAACUAGCACAAUAGCCAUAGUUGUUGUGUAUUUAAUUCAGAUUGGAGGUUCAAAAAUCAAAAGUGAGUUAGCACUCACUAUGUUUUACUUGCACGCUAUCUUUGUGUUGGCUCUCAUGUGCACAGCUGGAAUUGUUGCCCUUCUCAUCUACAGACUGGAAGAUAGAUCUCUGGAUAAUUCCAAGAAUCCUGCUCGAAAACUGGAUGCAGAACUGCUGGUGGGCACAGCUGCAGGGUCCUGGCUGCUCUCCUGGGGCUCAAUCCUCGCCAUUAUCUGUGCCCAAGGUCAUCCCAAAUACACGUGGUAUAACCUGCCCUACUCUGUUCUGGUUAUUAUUGAGAAAUAUAUUCAGAACCUCUUUAUCAUUGAAUCCAUCCACCGCGAGCAGGAGAAGGUGAAUGAUGACAUUAAAACUCUUCGCAUAGUGACCAUAUCUCGGGGGAGCACUUUGUCCCUCACCCCCUUGUACAAAGAGAUUUACAAUGGCAGAGCAGCUCGUGACAGCGGUGACAUACCCUGUCUGUUUAAGGGCAGCAUCUGUGCGAGAGAAAAUGAUGGUGCUGGUGUUGCCAAAGAGGAAACGAGUCAGGACCAUGGUUUGAUCAUGCACUCAGCCUCAGAUUUCUCAUUUUCCAGUAGAAACUCAGCUACUAACAGCAAGAGGAGAAUUUUGAAGAACAUCGCAGCGUUUUUGUUCCUCUGCAACCUUUCGCUGUGGAUACCACCGGCGUUCGGGUGCCGCCCGGAAUAUGACAAUGGGCUAGAAGAAAUCGUUUUUGGCUUUGAACCCUGGAUAAUUGUUGUGAACCUUGCGAUGCCUUUUUCUAUCUUCUAUCGCAUGCAUUCAGCUGCCUCGCUCUUUGAGGUCAAUUUGCAGAAUCACCCAGAAGAAUGGGGGAGUCCUAAAGGCAUUACAGGGGUGCUUGAUACUCUCUGCACUUGA